AUGGGUAUUGCUUGGUACCUAAGCACAAAUUUUAUGUUUGGUAAUGAGAGUGGCACAAUCCCCUUCCCACUCCAUUCAACAUGGGGACCACAACAAUUUGCACCUGAUGGGGCGACGGUUGCAGAUCAGAUCUGCCAAUCCGUACAGUCCACCUCCAACCUCCUCCACCUCAUGCAUGAUUCCUCCCCUUCUCAGGAGCACCUAAUGAAGUUCCCCAAGAAUCUCUUAGCCAAAGCAUCUACAAUACGAAACACUGGACAAGUAUUGGAGCAGUUACCCCGGGUCAUUUCUUCCUUGGAUGCCUACACAGAGAACAGCUUACAGAGUGCUCCUCAACUGAAGACUGUGAGCCAGUUGCUAUCAAAUAUGGAAAACUCUCAGCUUAAGUUUGCAUUUCCAGCGAAGCAAUUAGAGGAGCAGCAGAAAGAUUCAGGGGAAGUUGUUGGAACUACCUAAAAGAGAGAAUUACAUCACUGUCCAUGAUGAACUAAUAUCUCGCAUUUUUCGCUUGACCUUUUCACAUUCUAUCAAGUGUUCUCGGUGAAAACUAUGUUUAGAUCCGAUGCGGCUUCAGCUCUUAAGCUUGAGCUUCAGCUCUCGAUCUCCAGUAACUUGUGAUCAGGAUGAUAGCUCUGUAAUUUUCUUUUGCCAGGCCCUCGUAUACUGUCUCAUUGUGUGCCCUUGGGUUGUAUUACUGUCACAAAAGAAAGUACAAGCCCACUGUAAAUGGAAUUAUAUAAUGCAGCUUUUAGGCUUAGGCUUUUAUGAUAAAUAUAAUGCACAUGGAAUUUA